AAAACUUUUAUCAAAAAAAAAACUUUAAAUAAAAACUUUUGAAAUUUUGAAUAAACACAUUUAGAACAAAGGAAAUGAUAUAAUUGGGUUGUUUGAGUUGAUAAAAUUAAAUCUAGAAUAACUUGCACAAUAUUCUUCAAGUAUUCUCUGAUUUGAUCUUCAAUGAGUACAAUUUGUCUGGCUAUUAUCAAAAAGAAAAAGAAGAAGAGGAGCGUGCAUGUAGAUUGCGAUAAAACUAUAGAGUUGAAAAAGAAGACGAAGAUGUGAUCAAGUGUGAAAAGUAUUGGAGUAGUCUCUGAAUUAAUAAUGUCGAUGCUGGGCAUGACAAGAUAACUCUGUAGCUCUCAACAUUAAGAACCAUCACUUCCUCUGCCACCAUUUUCACGUUUACCCACACGUAUACAAACAAAAUUUUGUUAGUCAAUUGAUAUAAACAAACUGUUGUUGUAACAAGGUUUUUUGGAUAGUUGUGCUUUUGUUGAAGUUUGGUCUAGUUAAAACUGUUCGAAUGAUACCAAAUUCAUCCGGUAUAUAUAUAUUGAAUACUACUUUACAAUUUAUUAAUAAAAGAAAUUCAAACUCCUUGAGAAAUUUUAGUUCUUUUGGAGUUAACAUUUUUCUUGUCUUCAGCAUUUGACUGGUUUUUUUUUUUUUUUUUGGAAAUGGGCUUCUUGACUGGUUUAGUUAGCACACUAGUAAAUAUAAAUAACGUAUACUAACUUAUUUGAAAUAAUUUAUAGCUCAUCAUACAUUAAAAAAUAAAUAUUAAUUUAGAUACAAAUUAAAAGUUCCCUAUUAUUUCUAUACUUAUUGGUGUGUCACACUGUACCUUUUUAACAAUAAAGAAACACGUUUUCUUUUUAUUCUUCAAUAUAAAGUUGUGUGCUUUGUAUAAAUUCAGUUUACCUUGGUUUUUGCUUUUAACAUAUUUCAUUUACUCUGCCUAUAUAUAAGUUAUUCUCUUAUAUAUAAAUAUAUGCCACUUUACUCUGUUGAAUAUCAAAAACCCAUGCAAGAAGUAGAGAGUGACUAGAGAACUACUUUGUCUUCUCUUUGUUACUUCUUCAAAAGCUAUAUACAAUCUCUGCCUCUUUUACCUACGAUGAGUUUUGCAUAACUUUCACAAAAACUUCCUCAAAAAAUCACUAAAAGCUAAAUCUUCCUUUUUUUCCCAACCAAAGAAGAAAACUCCAAAUCCAUUUCAGACAAAGAAAAUCUCAAAUCCCCUUUUCACCAUAUCUUUCACAUGCCAAAGCCUAAACAUCAAAAUGGAAACAAAUAUGUUCAUCAAUAACCCAUCUGCACACUUACCGUUCUCUUACACCUUCACUAGUAGCAGCAACAGUAGCACAACCACUAGCACAACCACAGAUUCAACAUCCGGUCAGUGGAUGGACGGACGGAUUUGGAGCAAGCUACCUCCUUCGCUUCUUGACCGUAUCAUCGCUUUUCUUCCACCUCCAGCGUUUUUCCGGUCACGUUGCGUCUGCAAGAGAUUCUACGGUCUACUUUUCUCCAACACUUUCCUUGAGAUAUAUCUACAACUACUUCCUCCCCGACACAACUGUUUCCUCUUCUUCAAACACAAAACCCUCAAAAGCUACAUCUACAAGAGGGGAGGUGGAGGAGGAGCAAACGAUGAUGGUUCCAAUAAAGCUGAAGGCUUCUUAUUUGACCCUAAUGAAAUCAGAUGGUAUCGUCUCUCUUUUCCUUACAUCCCUUCAGGGUUUUAUCCUUCAGGUUCAUCUGGAGGGUUGGUGAGUUGGGUCUCUGAAGAAGCUGGUCUCAAAACCAUUCUACUAUGUAACCCUCUUGUUGGAUCCGUGAGUCAGUUGCCACCAAUGUCAAGGCCAAGGCUGUUCCCUUCGAUAGGUCUCUCAGUAACUCCAACUUCCAUUGAUGUUACCGUCGCCGGAGACGACCUCAUAUCUCCUUACGCCGUGAAAAACCUCUCCUCGGAGAGUUUCCACGUCGACGCCGGAGGAUUCUUCUCCCUUUGGGCGAUGGCUUCUUCUCUGCCGCGGCUUUGUAGCUUGGAAUCAGGUAAGAUGGUUUACGUGGGAGGCAAGUUUUAUUGUAUGAACUAUAGCCCUUUUAGCGUUUUGUGCUAUGAGGUCACGGGGAACCGUUGGAUUAAGAUUCAAGCUCCGAUGAGGAGGUUUCUCCGGUCUCCAAGCUUGUUAGAGAGCAGAGGAAGGCUCGUUCUCGUGGCGGCCGUUGAGAAAAGCAAGCUUAACGUUCCCAAAAGCCUUAGGCUUUGGAGUUUGCAGCAAGAUAACGCCACGUGGGUCGAGAUCGAGAGGAUGCCUCAGCCGCUAUACACGCAGUUUGCAGUGGAAGAAGGCGGGAAAGGGUUCGAGUGUGUCGGAAACCAAGAGUUUGUAAUGAUUGUGUUAAGAAGGGCUUCACUUCAGUUGCUGUUUGAUAUGGUGAGAAAGAGUUGGUUGUGGGUCCCACCGUGUCCAUACUCCGGUGGCAGCAGUAGCGGUGUUGGCUCAGGUGGUUCAGAGGGAGAGGUGCUGCAGGGUUUUGCUUAUGACCCGGUACUUACUACACCGGUGGUUAGUCUUCUUGAUCAGUUAGCACUUCCAUUUCCUGGAGCCUGUUAGUUUUUAGGCUUUUAGUCAAGAAACUACGUGCCGUUUCCAUUUCUGGCGUUACGACUACUCGUUGCUUUUAGGAAAUAAUGUUGCAUUAAAAAAAACUAUGUUGCUUUAUCUUAUUGCUUUGUAUCCUCUGGUUGUAGUAAGAUUAUAUUUCUGAUGUUUAAUCUUUGACAA